AUGGCUCGCGUGCUUUCGUCAUAUUUGCUGGUGGCACUUGCCACUUCCAUCCUUAAGAUCUCUCCCGGGUUUCCCUAUGGCUCUCAAAAGGUCCGCGGCGUGAAUCUCGGUGGCUGGCUCGUUCUCGAACCCUGGAUUACACCAAGUCUCUUCGACGACACGGGGAACGACCAGAUCGUCGACGAAUGGACAUUUUGUCAGUUCCAGAGUAAAGGUUCCGCCCAGGCUGCGUUGCAAAAACAUUGGAAUACGUUUUAUACCGAGGCGGACUUCCAGGCUAUUGCAGCUGCUGGGUUGAACCAUGUCCGACUGCCAAUUGGAUAUUGGGCGUUUGAUGUCCAAGGAGACGAGCCGUUCGUUCAAGGACAGCUGCCCUACCUCCAGAAAGCUGUCACUUGGGCAGGAAACCAUGGUCUCAAGCUCAUCGUUGACCUGCACGGUGCUCCAGGAAGUCAGAACGGGUUUGAUAAUUCGGGACAGAAAAUGAGUCAACCGCACUGGCAAUCAAACCAGAACAACAUAGAUCGUACAAAUGCAAUUAUUAAGAGACUUGCGAGCAUGUUUGCUAAUAAUCGGAACGUGGUGCCCAUCAUCGCUCCUUUGAACGAACCAGCGGGUUUUUAUCCAGACGUCCUCUCCACCGCGCGUCAAUACUGGCAAGACUCCUACGGAAACAUCCGUUUCCCAUUCGGCUCGAGCCAACAAUCCAACACAAUAGUCCUGAUCCACGACUGUUUCCAACCGCUGUCCUCCUGGUCCGGGUUUUUGACUGCGCCGGACCACCAAGGCGUUGCGAUGGACACGCAUAUAUACCAAGUCUUCUCGGACGGGCAGAACGCGGAGUCAGAAGACGAUCACGUUAAUGACGCGUGUUCGCAUGCAGGAGACUUGUCGUCCUUUGAUUUAUGGACAAUCGUUGGUGAAUGGAGCCCUGCGCGUACCGACUGCGCGAAAUACCUUAACGGACGAGGCGUCGGAGCGCGGUACGACGGAUCUUACCCUGGCUCUUCCUUCAUUGGGUCAUGCAACGGGCUUUCCGGCUCCGCAGACACGUUCAGUAACUCCUAUAAACAAUUCCUACGCCGAUUCUGGGAAGCACAGUCGAGUACGUACGAGAGCGGUGCAGGAUGGAUCCAAUGGGCAUGGAAGACGGAAGAAGGGACGGGUGAGGAGUGGAGUUAUAGUAAAGGAUUGGAGCAUGGAUGGAUCCCGCAGGACCCGACGGAGAGGCAGUUCCCUAACGUUUGUGGAUGAUUUUUUUUCGAGACUUUUUCUUUUGCUGCAAGAACUUUGGUCUUUUUCGUUGUUUAUUCUUACAACGGCGCUGUAAAUUCAGUCUUUUUUUUCGUGUUCAUACCGUCCCUUGUUCAUUCGUUGUUCGAUUUUCUUUCCUCGAUUUGCAUUCUUCUUCCAUACCAUCCGUAGUAACUGCACUCAAACUUUCCUGUCCCCACGGUUUGCACGAUUCUCAAUUCUCGAUCGUAAACCGUUCCUCUUGUCCGAUUAGUACCUUCCAUGCUUUCUCUCCUUCCAAGACAGUCCAGAAACACGCAUCUUGUAACACUCUUCCAUUCAAGACCUUUGAUACCC